GUGUGUAUGUAUGUAUGUGCGUGUCUAUGGUAGUUCGAGAAUUGUUCAUUGUUAAAAAAAAGGAGAUAUUUUUUGUCUUUACGGCCUUUUCUUUUUACGUGAAGAUUAAUCGAUCGUAUUGAGGACCGUCCAAACAAAUUGUCUAUACAAAUCUGUCACCUCAACGAAAUAAAUAAUGGCGAAUCUGAGACAGACACCGCUAACGUGCAGCGGACAUACGAGGCCCGUCGUACAUCUUGCCUUCUCCGAUGUCACGGAAUCUGGAUAUUAUCUCAUUUCAGCGUGCAAAGAUGGUAAGCCAAUGUUACGACAGGGCGACACAGGAGAUUGGAUCGGAACAUUUGAAGGGCACAAAGGAGCAGUAUGGGGUGUUGCUUUAAACCCACAGGCUACAAGAGCGGCAACCGGUGCCGCAGACUUCAAUGCAAAAGUUUGGGAUGCCAUUAAAGGGGAGGAGGUUUAUUCUUUUCAACACAAUCAUAUAGUCAAAUCGGUCAAUUUUAGCUCCGAUUCAAAUUACUUAUGCACUGGCUCUAACGAGAAGCUGGUGCGUAUCUAUGAUCUCAAUCAGCCUGAAGCGGCUCCACAGAUUUUCUCAGGUCAUACUAGUGGAAUUAGGCACGUUACUUUCUUCAAGGACAAUACUGCAUUGGUUUCUUGCGCCGAUGAUAAAACAUUAAGAGUUUGGGAUAGAAACAGUGGUCAAGAAACAAAGAGGUUAGACUUCCCUGCUAUCCCAAAUUCUAUGGAAGUAUCUAAGGAUGGCAAUAUCAUCACGACGACUCAUUCCAACAUUGUUACUUUUUGGGACAGUAAAGAAUUAACUAAAAUACGUGACUUCACAGUGCCUACCCAAGCAAACAGUGCCAGCUUACAUCCUGACUGUAGCAUUUUUGUAUGCGGCGGUGAAGAUUUAAAAAUGUAUAAAUUCGAUUACAGCACGGGUGCAGAAAUAGAAUCAUUCAAAGGACAUUUUGGACCGGUACACUGCGUACGAUUUUCGCCGGACGGAGAACUUUAUGCCAGUGGUUCGGAAGAUGGAACUUUGAGAUUGUGGCAAACAACAGUCGGCAAAACUUAUGGAUUGUGGCGUUGCGUUGAGCAAGCACCGACUAUUCAAGAAAACUCUACUGUUCUUAAUAACAAACAAGAAGUUCCUGCCAGCUAAAUGCACCUUUCUAUUAUAGAACCUACGAUGACGACCUUGCGAAACGAGAACAAAGGCAAAAUGUUAAGGAAAAAAUCAAGAAGAAAAAAAAAAAGAAAAAAAAAAAAGAAUCUCUUAUCCUGGAAAGUGUAUCAAAAAUUUUUUUCAUCUGUAAUUUACCAUCAAAGUAUAUUUUGUAAAUAAUGCAUUUCUGGUGAGGUUCCGUAUUUUAGCGAGUCUUCGGAUUUUCUGAUCUUCCAAAAAAGACUAAAUGAAAAGAAAAGGACCAAACUUUUAUAGUUUAUCAAUUUAUGGAGACGCGGGACAUUCAUUGAUAUUUAUUAUAACAGAAAACCGAAGGAGAGAAAAGAAAGAGGACAUUUACUAACGUUGUACAAGUGUCAUUAUUGCAAUGUCACAAAAUUAGAUAGUGGUGUAAUACGGAAAACAAAGGAGGAUUAAAUAAAUCGA